AUUUUAUUCAAGCUUUUUUUUUUACUACACAUAGUCAAUUUAUUUGGUUUUUUCAUUCUGUUUCUUUUUUUUUGGCCUCUCCUCUUCCAGUUUUCUUUUGCAUUCUCUUAAAUCACAUUCUUCACAUCACUUUUGACAAAAGCUUGAUUAGGCCGUGUCGCCAACAUUUAACAUGUUUUAUACAUCAAAACACGCUGCCAAACGGGAGCGUUAUCGUCGUGAUGCCAGCAUCGAUCAAGAACACGAUCAACUGAUCGAAGCCUGGUCGCAACAGAUCAAUCAAUCGACCUCGUCGCGUUCGAAAAGACACUAUAAAGGCGAUGAUCCUAUGCCUAUCGAAGACUACAACCGGUUUAUCUGGUUACGCAUCGUUGACCGAUAUCUGGAGCAGCAAUGGUUGGAUUCCCAGGGUAUGCUUCAGUGUGCUUUAGCAUGGAAGUCGCUGGAUACAUUGAGCAUCAAGGAAGCGGCUCAUACCAUGAAUGUUCUCAGCUUGCGGCUCAUGCAAAACACCGUGGAUGCAAGGCAGGAAUUGCUGGCGGCGUUGGGCGAACCUACUAUUUCGAUGCCUUCUAUCAAGGUCGAAGAUUCGCCUCAGGAAUCCGAAUCCACCUUGACGCCGGAUGCCGCGGCUGCUGCGGCUUAUGAGUUGGAAGAGGUCAAGGAACACGCGGAUGGCUAUUCGAUGAAUGCUUCCGAAGAAGAGGAUGAAGUUCAUGCACCCAUCUUUCUCAGACACCAGCAACCGGACUCACCUCAAAGCCUCAACAAUGACUGGGGGGAGUCAUCGAUGGGUAAACUCACAAGCAAUGUCUGGAAAGAAAUGCCUCCGUUACCUUCAGAAAGAACAUCGCAAGAGUAUCCACCUUCGACACGACUCCAACCAUUAACACCAUCACCGUCGUCUCUCAAUCUGUCCGCCUGGGACUUGAAAAAGCGAGAACGAGAAUUUGCACCGGACAGCACGUAUGACCGAAUGUAUCAACAAGGAAAUGACUAUCUCUCACCGUAUGAGGCCGCAUCAUUAGAAAAGCAUAAUCGUAAAAGCCAUCUCAGUAUUCGAAGCAUCAGCAGUGAUGGACAAGAAAGUAGCAGCCAAGUGGAACCGUGGCAAAGUUGGUUUGCCAAUGAUAGAAGUAAUCGUAACAGCAAUUGCUGCCAUCUGUGCCGAAGCCCUGCACCCACCAAGGUCUAUUCGCGUCGAACGAGAGGCGGCAACCGAUCCGGAGGUACUUUACGCGAAACCUUGGACGAUGAGGAAAUCGAACGUGACGACGAUGACGACGAACACGACGCAACGUCUGAAGUUUAUGGCCACAAGAAGGGAGCGCAUCGGUAUUACUCUAAUUAUUUCAAUGAAAACUCUCAAUACCUUUCCCGACCCGCUUCUUCACGCAAGACGGCCGGCCAUGUUCCACGAAGCGAAUCAAGCAUCACUGCCUUUCGUCCCAUUAGCAAAAAUUUAGCCCCGCGAUGUACGCUUUACCGCUCACGACGUUCGUCCGUCGAUAGCAAAGAGUCUUAUGUGUCAAGUCUGCUAGGAUGGGAUCCAUCGGCACGUGCUUUGCAGCAAGAUGGCGAUUAUCCACCCGGUCUUACGAAAAGCCGAUCGUUUCCAUCCAAAGCCUACAAGCUUGAAAAAACUCCCGAUCCGCCCCCAAUUCCUAAAGAACGGAAACUUGUUCAAUCCAUCGUUAGCAAAAAGGCGUCCAUUAGCAAGCUCUUUGCCAGCAAGAAACCAUGAUGAUGCUCCUACGUAAAUUCUUUUCCAACCCUCGCCCUUUUUUUUCUCCUCCGCCAUUUGUUUCGAUAUUUUUGAAUUAAACGUUUUCAUGCACAGUCAAAGCGUAUAUUAAAUAACCAUAUAUCGGAUCUUCCUUUCUUCAUCAUUUCACUGCGGACCAAAUCUAUACAUU